UAUGUGGAGCGACGAUGCAAUACAAACCUAGUCCAUCAAUUGUGGGCCGCUCAACUUUAAUAGACAUCGCAAGUGACAACCCGCAAUCUUCACUGGGUCCAGGUGUAGUUCCUAGCCGCUUGGUAAACGGCAUCGCCUUUCAGAUCUACACGGGAAUCAUUGCGUGCACCUUGUGUUGAAUCGCAGAGUUGGAAUUCUAACCUCGGCAACUGGCCCCGCUACAACAUUCACCUAUCCGGCGCUCCUCUCAACCAAGUACCAGCUUUAAACAAACAAAUAUGAAAAGUGAGUCGGGCAUUAACACGUGAGCUACAUAACGUGAAAUCGGGCCAUGAAAGCGAUAUUGGUGAACAGCUUCGUCAAGGACCUUGCAGACCUUCAAGUUUCCGACACGCUUUUACCCGACACAGAUGAUUCAAAAGUAAAAGUUCAGGUCACACAUGCGGCAGUAACACACGUCGACCAACUCUACGCACAAGGCCUUCACCAAAAUAACAAACGCCACAUUCAACCGCCGUUCAUUCUAGGCAGCGAAUUCGCAGGCGUAGUCACACGUUCGAAUGCUUCCAGCUCCUUCAAAGCCGGCGACAGGGUAUUCGGCGGCGCCUUGGGAGCCUAUGCGGAGCACAUAAGCGUGGAGCCAAACAGUCUACGAAGAAUACCGCAGGCGUGGUCUAAUCGGGAAGCAUGCGCCGUUGGAAGCUCGGGGGCUAUCAGUUACGGUGCUCUCGUGUCUGUUGCGGGUUUGAAGAGGGAUGAGAGUGUGCUGGUGCUGGGGGCUUCUGGGGGCCUCGGUGUGAUGGCGGUUCAGAUUGCGAAAGCAAUGGGCGCUAGAGUUAUUGCUGUUGUUGGAGAUGAAGAGAAAGCGGAAAUGGUGAGGUGGAUUGGAGCUGAUGAUGUUGUCAGCUAUCAAGAGACGGGGUGGGAAGAUCGGGUGAAAUCGAAGACAAGAGAUGGAGAAGGGGUGGAUGUUGUGUAUGAUGCAGUUGGCAUGGUUCAUUCAGCGUUGAAGUGUAUCCGGUAUCGCGGGCGAAUCGUAAUUGUUGGCUUCGCGGCGAGAGGUGGCAGCAUGGAAGAGGUCGCCAUGAACCGAGUACUGCUCAAAGGCGCUACGAUUCACGGGUAUCGAUUUGGUGAAGAUGGGAGACAAGAUCCUAAGCGUGUGACAUAUGCGUGGGAAGGCUUUAUGCAACUCGUUGAUAGUGGGAAGAUCAGCCCAGUUGCUUACAAAGAGACGUAUCGCGGUCUAGAAAAUGUAGCGCGCGCCCUGGAAGACGUAAGAGAGCAUAGAGCAUGGGGCCGAGCUGUCGUGGAUAUUGGAGGUUUUAUGAAGAACAAUGUAAAAUUAUAG